AUGAUGAAAAAGUAGUAGUUGUAUAAAGAACAACACACACAUGACCGCCUUUGGUCAACUCACGCGCACGCGCCUCUUCUCUCAAUCUCCAAUCUCACCUUCGGAUCCAAGAACACCAAACCCUAAUUAAUUUCCCUUUCUUUCUUUUUUUUUUUAAUUUCCAUUUUAUUUUUCAUUUUCAAUUUUCAAAAAAAAUAAAAAUUAAUUCCAAUUUCCCUCUUUCGUCCCCAAUCUUCAUCGUCCCCCUGAAAACCCUAAUUCCGUACACAUCUCAAUCUCUAUUUUCCCCCCAAUUCGAUUUAAUUCCUCCAGAUCUGAUACAAUUCUUCCAUUUUAUAACAUUAUAUCGGUUCAAUUUUUUAUUUUGAAACCCAAUCUUCUGUUGUUUGAAUUUUGAAACCCUAGCUUCGUUGACCGGUUCGAUUGCUUCGAUUCAACGAUCAAGAUCGGAUCUUUUUUAGAUUAAAUUGUUUUUGAGGGUGUGAUUUGUGGAAAUUUGAUGCUAGGGUUCCGUGUUUUGGAAUUCCAGGGCUUGAAUUUUGUGAAUCUUGAAUUUUGAAACCCUAGCUUCGUUGACCGGAUUCGAUUGGUUCGAUUCUUCGGUCAAGAUCGGAUUUUUUUAAGGGUGAUUUGUUUCCGUGGGUGUGAUUUGUGGAAAUUUGAUGCUAGGGUUCCGUUUGUUGGAAUUCUAGGGGUGAAGGUUGUGAAUUAUUUGUUUUAGGGUUAGGGUUUCGUAUAUGUAUGUAUGGAUUCAGGGAUAUUAGAUGCGGAUAAAAUAAGCAAAGGGAAGAGUAAGUGGGGUGAAGGUAAUAAAGUUUACACCAGAAGGCCCAAAACAACCACCACCAACGCCGCCGUUGCCGCCAGCGUCGAUGGCGGCGGCAGCGGCAGCUCUUCCCCAACCCCUACCGCCAUCGUCACCGCUACCUCUCCACCUACCACCACAAAUAACGAUCAAACCCUAGCGGCUGAGCUCGUAAAUUCGGAAAAUAGACGAGCUUUAUCGCCGGUAGUAGAGGUAUCAGAUGAUCACUCGGUUGAAAAUCGAGAGUCUUGCGAAAACGGGGUGGUAAAACUAAAACCGGUUGUUACGGUGGUGGAUGGUCGGGUGAGGAUUAAUAUAAAAGCUGCGAAAACGAAGGAUGAGAUUAUGGAGCUUAGGGAGACGAUUAAAACGGAGCUUGAACGAGUGCGAAGUUUAGCUCAAAAGGUUGAAGAGAAAGAAGCUGAGUUAACUGCGUUUUCGACGGUUGUUGGUGUCACGAACAGUGAGACUUACAAUCAUUCGCAGUAUUUGGGCGAUGAUGUAGUUGAUAGGAGGGCUUUGGUUAGAGUUAAUUCGGAAAUGGGUACCGAGUUCAUGGACCGUAGAGCUUUGACGAGGAUAAAUUCGGAAGCUGGUUCGGUUACGAAUAGUGACGGAAGGCCGUUUAGACAGUUAAGUGUAUCGGUUAUGAAUAGUAACCAUGGAGUUGGUGAGUUUACGGAGAAAGAGAAGAGGACACCGAAGGCGAAUCAGUAUUAUCGGAAUUCCGAUUUUCUUCUCGGUAAAGAUAGAUUACCGCCCGAAACCAACAAGCGGCGUAAAUCCAACAGCGGAAGGAAACAUAGCAAGGAAUCAGAUUACGUGCGGAAUCAUACGUUCAGGAGUUGCAACAAUUUGCUGCAGAGGUUAAUGAAGCACAAAUUUGGUUGGGUGUUUAACGUACCGGUUAACGCUAAACAGUUAGGGCUUCAUGAUUACCAUGACAUUAUCAAACACCCAAUGGAUUUGGGCACGAUCAAGAGCCGUCUCGCGCAAAACUUCUACAAGUCUCCGAUGGAAUUUGCGGAUGACGUUAGACUCACGUUUCGUAACGCGAUGACGUAUAAUCCGAAAGGGCAAGAUGUGCAUGUUAUGGCAGAGCAGUUAUCAAAUAUUUUCGAAGAAAGAUGGGCUGUCAUUGAAUCGGAAUCGAAUCACGUUUUGAGAUAUGGAAUGAUUUACGACGCGAACACUCCGACUCCCACUUCAAGAAAGGUUCCUCAUUUCGCGCAUGCGCCUUCGAGAAUGCUGUACAGGUCGGAAUCGUUGAACUUGCCUGUGAUGACUAGUCAGCCGCAGCAGCCCUCGAAAUUUGUGCCAGCGGUUAUUAGGACACCUGCACCGAAGAAACCGAAAGCAAAGGACCCUAAUAAGAGGAACAUGACGUACGAAGAGAAGCAAAAGCUUAGUACAAAUCUUCAGAGUUUGCCGUCUGAAAAGCUUGAUAGUAUCGUCCAGAUUAUCAAAAAGAACACCUCGCUUUCUCAACAUGAUGAUGAGAUUGAGGUCGAUAUCGAUAGUGUUGAUAUCGAAACCCUUUGGGAACUCGAUAGGUUUGUCAUGAAUUAUCGAAAGAAUUUGAGCAAGCAUAAACGGAAAGCUGCGCUUGCUCAACAAGCAAGGGAAGAAGCCGGUGAUGUGAAUCGGGACGCGAACCCAUCAACAUCCCUUCCGGAGGCCCCCAAUGAAAAUAGAACAAAUGAACAGACCCCUCUUAAUCAAGGAGGGAGAGGAGAUAAUGCCAGUAGUUCAAGCAGUUCUAGCAGUGAUUCUGGAUCGUCUUCAAGCGAUUCGGAUAGUGAUAGUUCAUCUGAAGAUGGAUCAGAUGCGGGUCAUUCACCUAGAAACUGAACGACGUAGAUUAAGUUUGUUGCAGAUUAUCAAAAACUGACAAUCUCCUAACUAAGAAUGUUUCUGCUAUUGGUACGCAUAUGAUGCUUGUGUGCAUGGUUCAACGACAUCAUUAGCUCGUUACAAAACAUAAAUCUCUUUAGAAAAGAUAUUUUGACCUGAUCAUGUUGAUUUGUAAUUAUGAAAAAACGAAAAGACGAUGGUCUUUAUUAGGAAGUAGGUGUAUGAUAUAAAGAUUGGUGGAUAUCGAGUAGCAAAAUGUGUAAAAGUUUAUGCGAAGAAACACGUGGUAGUGGUAGGAUUCUGUGUAUUUGUCAUAAGUUGUUGAAUGAAAACGCGUAGGUAGUUUCUAGUUUCCUCUUAGUUGUCGGUUAAAUGGUUAA